UUUCAUCCCCUGCCAGAACUGUCAGAGUGGCAAUGAAAACGGAGGGCAUGGAUUCUGCAAGAGAAUUCUAAAGAACGUCCUGACUGCAGGCCGUGUCCAGGACAUGCGGGGGCCGGUCAGAAGGAAGCGGGAGCCCGGGUCCCGGACCAGUGACGCGGUGGACGAGGCGGAGCUCACAGAAACGGGAAUGCUCAGAGACAAGCGCACUGGCCCACAAAGGUCCGAGUCCCCGCAGGGCCUGCUCAGGGUAGGGAGCGACAGGCUAACGAAGUGCUGCGUGGCGCACCUGAACACCUGCUGCAACCCGCCCUCAAUCGCUCGGCAGCAUCAGCUGCACCCCGAAUGAUGUGUGACCCCGAUGGGCCGCCAAGGCAGUGGCCCAGCCGUCCACAACCUCCUCCGCCCCGCCCGGCCCGGCCCGCCGCGGGGCUCACCAGGGCAAGAGGUACACGAAGAGGAACAGCACCACGUCGAAGAGCACGAAGAGCCAGAGGUCCAGCCAGUACGAGUGCUUCGGCAGCCCGUUGGUCCCCGCCUGUGGGGCCCCGGGCCCGCGCCGCCCAGGGCCGCCGUCCGCCGCGCGCGCCUCCAUCCCGCCGCGAGCUACUGCAGCCGCCCUGUCGACGCGACCGCUCGGGAAGCCGGACGCUGCCGGAUCGCACCACGGCGCCCCGCCCCGCCCCGCCCAGGCGUCCCGCCCCGCCCCGCCCAGGCGUCCCGCCCCGCCCAGGCGCCCGGCCGCAGCCUCCGUGACCGCCGGCAGGCGCCGCGGCCUCGCCCGGAAGCGGAAGCGGGCCGCCCACCUACUUCCUCCCUGCUGCAGCUCGCGCGCGGAGCCCAGCGUUCCGCUUUCAGACGGAAGUGCACACACCGCGCCGGAAGCUCCGUCCCGCCGUCGCGUUUCCUCGCGGGUUGCACGCCCGGGUGCCGACCGGUCGCCAUAUUACCCCGCGAGGGUCUCGAGUCGGCGCCAGCUGGGCCUCGCGCCCUCAGCUCCGAGGCGGCUCAAGCGGUGCCUGGCGGAGCGAAGGGUCCCCGCCGGGAUCGCCUGUUGGAAGCUCGGGUCGCCCUUACGGACUCAGCGCCACCCGAAGCCACCUGAAAACAGGCCACCGCAGACCGGCUCCCGGGUCCCGUGCACAGCGGCCCGGCCGGCCUCGUGCGCAGGCACGGCCGUCGCCCGGGCAGGUGCGGCAGGGCAGCAGCGGGCAGCUCCCCGAGGAGCGUGCCGGCGCCGGCAGUGGCAGCGCAGGCCGCGCGAGCCCAGGCCAGCGGCCGCGGCGGUCCAGAGCUGGGGCGGGCAGCCUGCUUCCGCGAGGGCGGCGCUCCCGCCGGUCACCGGCGCCGGCAGUGCGCGGGCGGCCUCGCGAGCCGGAGCCCAGAGGUUUGCAGACGCCGCCUGGCGCGCAGUCGCCUCUGCCGGACGUCGGGCCUGGGGCGUCCGUCGGGCCGUGGUCGCUGCCGGCUGCCGAUGUCAGGCCGCUUCCUCAGACGCCGAAGCUGGGCCUCGGAGGCACCGCGGCGAGCACCACCGCAGGGUCUCCCGGGGGCCCCGCCGAGGCCCUGCCCGGUGAGAGGGGGACGCGCCUGAGUCCUGCACUCUGCCCCUCGUCUCUGGGAAGGCCACGCCAUGCGAUGGCGGAAGGCGAGAGGCGAUGGCAGAGGAAGGGCCACGGGAGCGAUCCAGGCGGCGGCCCGCGGGCACUGGUCAGCAGCCCCCUGCUGCAGCCUGGAGGGAGGGAGGGCAGGCAGGUCACCUUGGAGACCGCAUUCCGUUCCCCGGGGGUGCGCUCCAGCUUCCCGGCGCAGGCGGCCUCCCUUUUCUCCAUUCCACCAUCCCCCCGAUCCCCCGAUCCCCCGUUCUGACAACUGCCUGCCCUCGGUUCUGGCUUCAUCAGGGUGGCCUCGAGCUUGGGAGAGUGGCCGCAGACGGAAAGGUCAUGCAGACGGCGCCCCCAGAGCCUGUCUUCACUGUCUGCAGCCUCACCCCUGUAAAGCUCUCCUGGGUUGCUGACUGUUCCAUGACAAGUGGGUGUGGAGGUGUUGAGCGGUUUUCCUGAAGUACCAGACUGAAAUCCAGGCACCGUCCGUCGUGAGCUCUGUUUUUUCCACCCCCUUGAACCUUGUGCCUCCCAUCAAAGUGAACAGAGUGCGGCAGGGGCUGCAGGUUGAGUUAUUACUGUGAGCUGCAGUGCAGUGCCAGAGGUAAGACCGCUCCUCAUCUGGUCUGAGGUGGAGGGGACUUGGUGAGGACACCCUGAGAACCAGGUCAUGACUGCAGUGUUUUGAAGACUGUACAGGUCUUUAGUUGAGAGGAAUGUGGUCGCGGAGGAAGGCGGUGGACUUUAGCUGAUAACACAGGUUUGUUAGACCACUCUCGGACCAGAAGGCAGUAAGAAGCAUCCUCAUGAUCAUGUAAGCUUUAAACUAAUAUUAGAGCAACGGCUCCAGCAGUGGGGAACUUUGUUAAUGGGUGUUUUAUCCAAAAAUAUGUGUCUUAAACUCUUUUCUCAUCUUUAUUUCACUUUUCCUCUUUUUCAGAUUAGGUGCCUGCCCUAAUAGUGACUCUCUUGAUUGAAAACAAUUAAAACACCUACUGAAUGGCCAGGCAUCAUCUGAGGAUUCAUAAGAGAUAUAGAUGCAGUAGCCUCCAGCUCAUUAGAAGUACUGACUGAGCACAUCUGACAGCUCUGAAGUUCUGCAUAAUGACUGGGUAUGUGGAAGGCCAUGCUGAACAGGACUGAACACACUGCACAGCCUUUUUUCCCUACCUGCUUACACAUAUACAGAUUUCAGACUAAAAACUGGAUUUUGUAUGUAUUUAGGAUUCUAUUUAAGAUUUUAUUUCAUAAUGAAGGUAUCCUUUUGCUUUUUUAAAAAAAUAUUUUCUGGUUGUUGAUGAACCUUUAUUUAUAUGCAGUGCUGAGAAUCAAACUCAGUGCCUCACACAUGCUAGACAAGCACUGUACCACUGAACCACAACCCCAGACCUGUCCUUUUGGUUUUUAAAGUUUAAAAACAACUUCAGUAGGGCAGGGUUUAACUGGUUGCUUGCAUGAGAAAGAUGUUGCCCUCAAAGUUUGAAAUCUGCUUCUCUUCCUUGGCGCUGCCUGCGGAGGUGGCUGCCAUCUGUAUUCGGCAUCAUGGCUGCCCUCAGACCUCUCGUGAAACCCAAAAUCAUCAAAAAGAGGACCAAGAAGUUCAUCCAGCACCAGUCAGACCGAUAUGUCAAAAUUAAGCGUAACUGGCAGAAACCCAGAGGUAUUGACAACAGGGUGCGGAGAAGAUUCAAGGGCCAGAUCUUGAUGCCUAACAUUGGUUAUGGGAGCAACAAGAAGACAAAGCACAUGCUGCCCAGUGGCUUCCGGAAGUUCCUGGUCCACAACGUCAAGGAGCUGGAAGUGCUGCUCAUGUUCAAUAAAUCUUACUGUGCUGAGAUUGCUCACAACGUUUCCUCCAAGAAUCGCAAAGCCAUCGUGAAAAGAGCCGCCCAACUCGCCAUCAGAGUCACCAAUCCCAACGCCAGGCUGCGCAGUGAAGAAAAUGAAUAGACAGUUCAUGGGCAUAUUUUUUGUGUGCUUAAAUAAAACCAUAAAAACUGUCAAAAAAAAAAAAAAAAAAAAGCUUGAAAUCUUAAGCUAAUCACCUAGCUGAGCAGUCAACCUGUUUGUUUUAUUGAAGGGUAUGAGGUACAGUCAUUUGUCAUUGAGGAUGGAGAUUAGAAGGUUAUUUUAACACAUGACAUGUCACAGCUCAUCAAAUUACAUGAUUGGCUUCCACACACAAAACAGCAUAAGAAGGACCUCAACUACGUCACUGGAUGCCAGGUUCAUAAUUGUUAUAUAUGAAAUAUUAACCAGGAUUAGAUGAGUUAUUUCACAAGUAUAAGAAAU